CUUUUUUUUAUCCCUUUGCAGUCUGAAGUCGAAGAAUCGCUUAAGAGAAUCCAGGGCCAUAAAGGCGUUGUCGGAAUAGUCAUCGUCAAUCAGGAAGGUAGAGAAACUCAGCUGUUUUGAUCUAUUCAGAUCUAUUUUGAUGGCUUAUCAAAAUACGCGAAGUACUAUCUCGCUUAAGGCGUAUUCGGGUAGAUUACUUAGCUUCCUAAGUGCUUAUUUCGUUCUUUGGUUCGUUAAUACUGCAGGAAUUCCUAUAAGAACGACUAUGGAUAAUUCAACGACAGUUCAGUACGCUGGAUUAAUUCAUCAAUUGACAGCGAAAGCUCGCAGCACUGUUCGCGACAUCGAUCCUCAGGUGAGCUUUGUAAACUGUAAGAAAGUUCGCCCCAAGGAAUGACAAAAGUAUUUAUUUGAAGAAGUACUGAAGUUACUUUUGUGAUAAAUUGAUAAACAAAUGGUACCAUAAACCAUACGAAAGUACUCCUGAACAUAAGAGCAACAUACAGUUUCAGCUACAUGUACAGGCUAAGCUUGCAAAGGUUGAACCAGUUUAUACGGCAUAAGAAUAGUAACAUGUGAAAGUACUACUGAAAAAUGAUCGUAUAUAGUCGCUUCAAUGUUUAUCCCAACAUUUCCGUCGCAUAUAGCUGGUCAUCAUCAAAUCAGGUGAGCAGGCCCCAGUUGUUCAAAAGAUGAAUAGCACUAUCGAAAAUCCACUGGAUAAGUCACUAUCCAGCGAAUUCGUGUUAACGAAACCAGUUGCGUCAUCCAGUGGGUAGUGAUAUUUAUCCAGUUGAACAACUGGGACCAGAGCUAUCAGCAGCACCAUCGUGUUGUGAUGGUGUAUCAUGAACCUAAAUCAUGGCUGGUGGAUUUUGAUUCAAAGCAUUGUUGGCAGUGAAAGCAACUAUUUCCUUAGCAUCCAAUUUGCUACUGUGUUACUUAGAGUCUUGGCCAGUGAGGGCUGGUUUUCAGUAGAGUAAGAGUCAUAUUAAGGUCCCAGUCGUUCAAAUGUUAAAGGAACAGUGUCCCGAUUGUGCGCACGCGUGAGCGUUAUCUGUUUUUCCUUCAAAAGACAAUAGACCUGUCAAAGUGACUUGACAAGAUUUCCCUCCGGACCGCACCGUCGACGGAGAUUUGUUGUUUACAUUCUCAAGUGACAUUUUAGACUUUCGAAGAAGUGUUUUGUGUUAUUUAAAAUUUGGUUCGCGGCACGCAGACUCAUCGCAAUUUUGUCGCUAGCAGGGCCGCCUCACGGCCCCGAAAAUCUCGUUCCGCUCCCUUUAAAAACAGCUUUUCUAAUGUGAAACUCGUGUCAGAGGUCAAUUGUUCCAAGUCCAGUAAUAUUUGGCUGAUUUGCUCGCGUUCUAGCCUCAAACAUUUGUAAGAUAUAAACAAAAAUGCAAUCUCAACGCGAUGAAUUAUCGCAAAGGUUAGUCAAAAAUGAUGUUAUGAUUUCAUUGCACUAGUUUUUCUAAACAUGUAGCGCCUGUUUGUUUGAUUUUGUCGGCCAUACAGAGAUUCAUUUAAAAGUUUACUAAUGCGUCGUUGCAAAACAUUCUGCUUCAGGAAGCUUAAUUUCACAAGAUCUUCUCAGUCACAUCCAUGUCUCAAUGGUUUCUUUCUUACAGUCCUUAUUGUUGCUGUUUCAUUUUUGCAUAUUCCUUUCACAAUUAUCUGAGCUUGUAUGGAAGCUGGCAGAAGAAAUAAGCCUCCGGCUAACAGCAAUAAAAGUAACGCCAAAAAAUCCCUAUUUCGCCCAAAUCGAAACUCAACGGGAACAAUAUAUCAUUGAUCUGUAAUCCUGAGAAGUUUUAGUAUAGUAUCAAACUCGGCUAAGCGCGAUGCAAACAGAUUUUUCAAGGUUCUCUUACUCUCCUCACAUCUUUUGAUUUCGCGACAUCCUGUCCAAAAAUCAAAGUUUCUUGCAUGCACAGUAACGGGAUACUGUUCCUUUAAAUACUGCUAUCCACUGGAUAAAUCACUCUCAGGUGGAUAAGUACUAGGGGAACCACUUGAGCUAUCGACUGGAUAGAGAUUUAUCCCAUGGAUAUUGUUAUCCAACCCUUGAACAAGUCAGAAGUAUAGAGCAUUUUGAUCUAAUAAAACAGCAUUCUGAUUCCACUUACAACUCCGAAGCCUCCAAUCCUUCAAUGUAGUAAAACUGUGUAGUCUGCGCGUAGAAGCAGACGAACUUAACCAAUCUUUUUGCAAAGCGUUGGAACAAGCAUUGUAAUUGGGUUUUCCUUUUGCUUCUGUUUGAAUUCCGACUCUCACAAUCUGGUUUUCACUAGAAUGUACAUGUAAGCAACAGAGUCACAAGGGAAGUCAAAAGAAAAUGGAAAUGUUCUAAUUCUUCCAAUUCCGAUUCUGUCAAGCUUACUAUGACUUGUUAAAAAUAAUUUAUUAUUUUUUACCAUGUCCCAAAGAAGUACUUUCAAGAAAGAUGACCAAAGUGCUGGGCAAGUUGACAGGGUCUAUCUUUUUUCUUCCAGAACGAUCUAACUUUCCUCAGAAUCCGCUCAAAAAAGCAUGAAAUCAUGGUUGCUCCCGGUGAGUUCCUAGAAUUUUUGUCUUGAAUCAUGAGUUAGAAGGGGUACAUGCAAUGACUUUUUAUCUCUCCCUCAGACAUGCCACUAUCUGAGCAGUGGCAGUCACAGCAAUGGAUCUUAGUGUUGUACACAUUUUUAAUUCUCUGAAAAUAAAGCCUAGCUUAAUCAUGUAAUUUGAUGUAGUGAUUUACAUGUACUUUACAUGCUGUGUCUCUGAUGCCAAGAAAUUGGAAUUGGUGCAUAUAUUAUAUAGUGCAGACUAUUUCUGUAUGCAGAAGAGGUCCCAUUAUUAUUUUAUUACAGUGUACAUGUACAUAAUAUAUAGAUUUAGCCAGGGCUAAAAGCGAAGCUCUCGAUAAUAUUUAUAGUUUGCUCGAACAAAAUAUAAAAUCGUGUAAUGCUAAGCGGUGAAGGCAACGCCGGAGAACGGUUAAAAACAACAAUAGGUCUAAUUAGCAAAAAAGCAACUUUGCACGUGCAGCACACUUUUUUUGUACAUUUCUUUGACUUUGUUUUGCACGAACACAACGUGAAACUUCCAGAAACUUCUUAGCUACACGUUUUAUAGAGGAAAUGUCGCACGUUUUCUUGUUCACUUUUUUUCACUGCCGCUCAUUUUGCAUUGGUGGCCGCUAGCAUUUCUCAUUUUGUUACCGCUGCUACAAAAUUUUCAUGUUGUUCUUUCAACAAAAAAAUACCUCCUUUGUUUUUUUUUUUUUUAUCUUGCGCCCUAGAUCUCUCCUGCCCUUUUUCUCGUUGAGCUUCGCUGGCCUGCCGCUUGCUUUCUCUUUUUCUCGGUCUUUCUCUUGCUCUAUAUCCCAAAUUUGUGGACAUGACAAUUAAUCUAAGCUUAAUACUUUAGAAAACACGGAUACAGAAACAAUUUCCGCUUUCCGUUUUCGUAUUCAUUGACGCCUUAGUUGUCUCUGCUUCAAAAGACGCGAGUAGCUAUGCGACUUCCUGCAAAAUAACCUUGAGUUGCAUUUGGGUUGCCAUACCUGUUGAUUGAGUUGUUUUACAUUGGUAUGCCUGUGGUGCGGACGAACGGUCGGGCGGGCGGUCGGUGUACGGUCACGUGAUUAUCAAAUUUUCUUGGAUGGGUAGUUUACCACAUUUUCUUACCCAUGGUGCUCCGCUGCGCGCUUCGUGCGCGAGAGCUCCGCUAUUAUCAUGUCGAAUGAGCUAAUGGAUGCCAUCUCUUGAAUGAACUCAUUGUCUAAUAAACGUGCCCUACUCUCUAUGCUUUUAAGCAUUUUUUUUCUAGCAAAUGUCAAUUUUUUGUCUUUUUAUUUUUAGACAAAGAAUACCUGAUGAUUGUCAUUCAAGAUCCAUCACGGCCAUGA